CAGUCACAUUUUGACAUUUGCUGAGUACAGUUUGGAAAAUUUAUAGUGUGAAAAAUUCUUGAAUAUUCGCAAGCUAAAUAAUAAAAAAUAUUUUCAGUAAGAAAUAAAAUAAGUCAAUUGAAGUGUAAACAAAUAAAUGUUGAGGAAAAUCAAUAACCCUUGGAAUAACAGCUAGAGAAUAAUAAUUACAAGUUCAACAAAGAAAAUUGCAGACUGCGGAGAAUUACAUAAUUUAUUUAAUAAGCUUAUAGAAAAUGCAAAAAGGAGUGGAAUACAGGAAUAUAAAUGAAACUUUGGGAAAUUUUUAUUAAACACGACUUAUUGACGAUUUUGUGAAUUUUUCCACGACUGAGUUAACGGGUCGAUGAAAUUUCAUCAUCAAUACAGAGGCAGAGCCGAAGACAAAAUACAGUCGUGAGCAAAGAAAACGAUUCAUAAAGGAAUUUUUCAUAUAUAUACUGAAAUAAAAAGAAUUGCAGCAAUUACUUACUCCACGGGAAGAUGUUUAGCAGUCAUUUUACAAAAGAAUUAUCUAUUACACUGAAAGGCGAAAACGGGAGCUUUUUAGUUAGUAAAAAAGACGAAACCAGUGCCAGAACUGAAUCGAGCAGCUUAGCGGAGCAGUUACGCACAAAGAAUAAGGAGUUCCUUUGAUCAAAUAAAUAUUAGAAUACAUAUUCAAAAUAGUAUCUAUUAUAUAGUUUGACACUAAUAACAAUUAGAAACUAAAAAUUGCUGCGGGAACAGCACAUUCGCCAAAGAGCUAUGAAGUUUUGAUAUAAAAGUAAGAGAUAACUCAAUUUUAGAAUUAUUUAAUUGAAUGAAUGGAAAAGAAUCGUUCUGCUGUACGUGUGAAAAUUAUAGCACAGUUUAAAACUGUAUUAAGGAACUUAGAAAUAUUAAAAAGCCAAUAAGCAAACUACAAAAAGCACAAAGCGCUGCAGUUCGAGUAGUCGGUUAUAAAAAUAUAAGGAUUAAUAUACACAGUUUGUAUAUAAAAGUUAUACGAGUGUCCAACUGGACACAAAAUCGACAAAAUUACCGACACCAACAGAAAAACAUCAAAAAUUUCGCCGAAGGAACAGGAAGAUAAAAAGGACUCUGCAGAAAUGGCUGCCAUGAAUACAAAGUCUACCAAAUUUGGAGGGAAACUGAAUUUAUCCUCUCAUGUAAAAUAUGAGCAUUUAGUAGCUGGCAUUUCGGGUGGCGUAACGUCGACGCUAAUAUUGCAUCCGUUAGACUUGAUAAAAAUUCGUUUUGCUGUGAAUGAUGGACGCACAACCACAGUACCACAAUAUAGCAGUCUGAGCAGCGCAUUCUCAACCAUCUUCCGACAGGAAGGCUUCCGCGGCCUAUACAAGGGUGUCACACCAAAUAUCUGGGGUUCAGGUUCCUCAUGGGGUCUCUAUUUCAUGUUUUACAACACAAUUAAGACCUUCAUUCAGGGCGGCAAUACGACACAGCCAUUGGGUCCGACAUUGCAUAUGUUGGCCGCUGCUGAGUCUGGUGUGCUCACGCUGAUUCUUACAAACCCCAUUUGGGUGGUGAAGACCCGUUUGUGCUUACAAUAUGGCGCUGAGGCUUCGAGCAAACACACUGAAUAUCGCGGUAUGGUGGAUGCGCUGGCGCAGAUCUACCGCAAGGAGGGUGUACGUGGUUUGUACCGGGGCUUUGUACCCGGCAUACUUGGCGUGUCUCAUGGUGCUUUGCAAUUCAUGACCUAUGAGGAGAUGAAGAACUAUUACAAUACAUACCGCAAAUUGCCGAUCGAUACGAAAUUGGCCACAUCGGAGUAUUUGGCAUUCGCUGCUAUAUCGAAGCUUAUCGCUGCUGCCGCCACAUAUCCCUAUCAGGUGAUACGUGCACGCAUGCAGGAUCAUCAUCUUAAUUACACAAGUUCAUGGGAUUGCAUUAAGCAAACAUGGAGAUACGAAGGUGCGGUCGGUUUCUACAAAGGUAUCCAAGCCAGUUUGACGCGGGUGCUGCCGGCGACGAUGAUAACGUUUGUUAUAUAUGAGAAUGUGUCGCACUAUUUGUUGCAAAGAUCGAAGACCAAAACAUAAGGACGCCAAGAAGUCGUUCAACAAAGAGACUAAACCAAAAAUUAACUAAUUCCUUCGGUUUAAAUAGCUUUAUAACGCCUAUAUAAGUGUUUAGUAGUUAUAUUUUAUUGUUACCUAAUAUGAACUAAUUAAGAAAGCUACUCUGUAAUAUUAAUACGAUAUGCCAGUUUUA